ACUUUGCAGCCUUGUAAUUCUGAGCCCAAUACAGAAGACAAGGGAACUCUUGGAUCAAGCAAACUAGUCUUAAUGUAGGAUUUUUGAGGGAACUAACUAGAAUUUGAAAACAUCGCAAAAAACUGAUCUCAAUUUGAAAAUUUGGUCACAUAAAAACCAUGAAAACUGCCCACCGUUAAGCCGACGGAAAGAGGUUUGUCAUCCAUGAUCUGCUUACCACACCACUGAGGAUAUUUCACGUCAGCACUGUGGUUGGUGAUAGCCGGUAGCAGAAAUAGAAUCGACCAGCCAUCGCUGGCGUUUGAACCUCGGUUACUAGAUUGAGAGACAUACUUCCUUGUGAGACUGAAAGAUUUCUUUGACAGAGUUUUAUCGAUUUGAAACGCUGCACUUAGCAAGCUUAGAUGGCUAAAGAUUUCUACGCUUUCUGCAGAUUAAAUGCUGUUUAUUCUGAUGUAGAGAAAAAGAACUCUUUAUGUGGUUCUAAGAACAAUUCCUAUUUCAAAACAUCAGCAUGUGACUUUCAAAACGCUCAAGAACCUAAAAUCUCUGGCAUUACGUGUGUACGAACUAAAACAUUAGAUACUUCACACAAGAACCCUCAUAAAUCCUAUGAAAAAUCUCACCUUGAAUCAGAAUCAAAUCUUUCGAAACCACGAACUAAUAAACAGCCACUUGUAAGUAACCAACCUGAUUUAUCUCCAAGUUCCAAUGAUCACAAAAAUACUCGCAAUGAAAAAUACCUGGCUAAAGAGAGCUAUGGUUUAGACUCUUUUUUAAUGGACUCAUCUGCACAAAAACUUUCAGAAAAAUCUUUACCUGCCCAACUCUGUGAAUCGCACACUCUUGAUUCUGUGACCCAAGCAGAUAACUUAAAUGCUAAAAGUAAUUCUGUGCCAAUUGUAGAAAAAAAUGAAUCUAUUGGUGUUCCAUCUUCGGAAGUAUGUGCGCAAGACUGUUAUUUUCAAUAUGACGAUGUGGCUGUUAGUUCCAUACCACCGGAAAACGCAACUACGUGCUCUUUAAAUUCGUCGCCAAAAGUGUCUUCAGAAAUCCAAUCCUGCCUUGAUACAAGCCCUGUUCCCGAAGAGUGCUCACAAAAUGAAACAGUUUUACAAUGUUCUGAAACUAAGCCCGCUUGGGAACCACCCUUCUGCUCAAAAGGUGCUCGAAGUGUCUCCUUUGAUCAGUCUUUAUCAGCCAAUAAAGAAUCUAUAAACUUUUCUGACCAAAUGUCUUAUCUGACCGUGGACAGCAUGAGGAAAGGUUCUUUGCCAGCAGCUGCGUCAGAACCCGAAGUGUUUGCAAGUCCUUCUGAAAUGUGGUGUCCCAGUGGUCCGCUGAGGACAUUUGCUAGAUGUGGUCGGAACUCCGUGCCUCGAGUAACUUACAGUAACUCUAGAGAUUCGCACACAUUGUCAUCCAAUGGUGAAGGUCGUCCAAUUUAUCCUUCCCUACCAUAUUCACCCUAUUGCUCACCGAAUUCAUCACCGAGACUUCCUCGCCAUCAACCGAAAGAGUGUCGAAAAGUUUAUUGGGAAUCUCAUCCUAAUUAUGAACAGCUCAAUCAUUAUCGAUUAAAAGGAGAAAUCGGACAGGGUUCUUUCGGCAUUGUUAAACUGGCAUAUAAUGAAGAAGACAAUUCACAUUACGCCAUGAAAGUUUUAUCGAAAAAGAAACUGAUGCGCCGAGCUGGAUUGUAUGGUCGAAUGCCUCCUACGAGGGGAAAUAAGUCCAGAAUUGGGCCUUUGGAGCAGAUUUACAGAGAAAUAGCCAUUUUAAAGAAGCUUAACCAUCCAAAUGUCGUUAAGCUUUACGAGGUACUCGACGAUCCCGAUGAAGACAACUUAUACAUGGUUUUUGAACUUGUGCAAAAAGGACCUGUGAUAAAUGUGCCUACCGCCAAUCCAUUACCUGAAAUUAAAGCAUGGCAAUAUUUUAGAGACAUCGUUAUGGGAAUAGAGUAUCUUCAUUUUCAAAAAAUAGUUCACAGAGAUAUAAAACCGUCCAAUUUAUUGCUGAGUGACGAUGACAAAAUAUUGAUAUCUGAUUUUGGAGUUUGUAAUCAAUUUGAAGGUGUAGAUGCUUUUCUAUCUGACACGGCUGGAACACCUGCAUUUGUUGCCCCUGAAGUAUUAAAAGGUACAAGAGAAGUAUACAGUGGAAAGGCUCUGGACAUUUGGCAGAUGGGAAUAAGUUUAUAUUGCCUUGUUUAUGGAGAAGUUCCCUUUCAAGACAUAAACAUCUUGGCCCUUUACACCAAGAUUAAGUCUUCACCUGUUCAUUUUCCUGACAAAUACAAUGUAAGUGACAGUCUUAAAGACCUACUAAGUCAGAUGCUUGAAAAAGACCCUAAACAAAGGAUAAAAUUGAAAGGAAUAAAGGAGCACAAAUGGAUAACACAAAAUGGUUUAAGUCUUCUGCCCAAUGAAGAAGAAAACUGCCGACAGAUUGAAAUUACUCAAGAAGAUAUUCAGAAGUCUAUUCAGUGUAUUCCUAAACUGGGAACUUUGAUCCUGGUGAAAAGCAUGUUGAAGAAGCAUUCAUUCAGCAAUCCUUUCAAAUUCAGCAAUGCAUGCAGCAAGAAACUUUCUCCUCUCUCAACCGCACAAGCUUCUUCAUCUGAAUCGCUCCUCGAGAAGAAAGUGUUACCUGCCUUACUUGAAAUAAAUUCAGUUAGCAUAGAAGACCAAUAACAUAUGCUGUUUUCUUCAAAGCAUUUCUAACGUUUCUAUGUAUAUAAAAUCUUCUGAUAUUCUGUAUCUAUUUGUACAUACAUUUCGAAUACUUUAAAAUUAAUAUUCUCAAACUUUAACUUGGCUUUCUACAUUUAAAUACUUCUUCUGAAUGCUCUUCUCUGAAAAUACUAUAUUUAUUCUUGUUCUAUUUUGAUAAAUAUUUUCACAUGUU